CCCUAGAAGGGCGGAGGCUUACUAUUUCCCCUUGUCUAAAUUGAUCAUUCAAAAAAUAAUGCUUCGUUCAGUCUUUACCGCCAAGACUUGCUUUUCAAGCGCCUUGCCAGCUCGUGCGCUUUCAACACAAGCCAUUCAACCACCCAAGACACCUGUCAACCUUGCUCAUUUAUCAGAUAAUCACGGAGCUGUCUCAGAGCGUACUCGUGUAGGUCGUGGCCCUGGUUAUGGUAAGGGUAAGACCUCAGGUCGUGGUCAUAAGGGUCAAAAAGCUAGAUGUGGUAAUGGUCAACCUGUUCCUUGGUUCGAAGGUGGUCAAACUCCUUUAGUUAGACGUUUGCCCAAGCGUGGUUUCUUUAACAUCCAUGGUAAAGAUUAUCAAGAAUUAAACUUGGAUCGUCUUCAACAUUGGAUCACCACUGGUCGUAUCGACGCUUCUCAACCCAUCACUAUGAAGCAUUUAUUAGACAGCCGUUGUAUACAUAAAAUUGAGGAUGGUGUCAAGAUUUUGAGUGUUGGCGCUGAUACUUUCAAUGUUCCCAUCACAAUUGAAGUUUCAAGAGCAUCACAAAAGGCUAUUGAGGCCAUCGAAAAGGCCGGCGGAAAAAUCACCACUCGUUACUAUAACGAAAUUGCCUUGAGAUCUGUCGUCCAUCCCGAAAAGUUUGCACAAACUCCCAAAUUCGCAGCACCAUUACGAAAGGAGGAUAUCAAAUAUUAUUCCGAUAUCAAGAAUAGAGGUUAUUUGGCUCAACAAGAAGCAUAGAUUUAUUCACACAUAUACUCACGCACACAAUCACACUCUCUAUCACAAAAUCAUACAACUAAUAUGGAUAAAUGAAUAAAAAAAUGUAUAUAAAUACACGA